AGUGUAAACUGACCUGCCUGCUAAUUUAAUUCAGGAGAAAUGUCAUGCAGGGCUCACACCAGUGCUAUAAAAAGCCAUUGGGAAGUUGGACUUCAGAAAGGGCACUUGGCACUAGGUGACCCAGAGCAACUACGAGCUGAGCCUCACACACAGCAAUGACCAUCUACAGCCCAGGCUGGAGGCACCAGCAAAGCUGAACUUCCCAGGGAGGAGCAAGCAGAAACCUUGGGAGUGUUUCCAUGAUCAGCUUGGAGCUGUGCUUGGGGAAGAGGAAGAGUGGGAGAGGAGGAAGGGGUGCCCUGCACUGAGCAGCACCAGCUUCACUUGGAACCGUGUCCCGCAGCAUCCUGAGGGAUUCCAAACCAUCCCAGCAGGAGAGAAAGCAACAAGGACAAAGACACACGAGCCCAACUUUGGGGCCACUGUGCGUCCCCCCUGGCCAGGACUCAGCUCAGGAGAGCUGGGAGCCCAGCAAGCAGGUCCCAGAGGAGCAGGUAGGGGCUGCGAGGUGGUCGCCCACCCCACCAGCACCCCCAGCCCAGAGCUGCAGGCAAAGCAGCACCUUCCAGCACCCCGUGAUGUCAUUCAGGUCACCCUGCAGAUGUAAACACGGCUGGCGCGGUGCAGCCGGGACACUCCACUUCCUCCUGACAGCACGGCUGCACUUGGCUGGGUUUCUGCCCGAAAAGGAAUAACCCACCUACCCUAUACCACAGCAGAUGUUUCCAGCAGCCCAGUCAUGAUGCAGACCAACCAGGACUGCCCCAAUCACAAUAUAACAUUCAAAAGCAACCUGUACGCAGCCACUUACACCAUCAUAUUCAUCCCUGGCCUCCUGGCAAACAGCGCUGCCUUAUGGGUCCUGUGCCGCUUCAUCAGCAAGAAGAACAAAGCCGUCAUCUUCAUGAUCAACCUGGCCAUGGCCGACCUGGCUCACGUCCUCUCGCUGCCACUGCGUAUAUACUAUUACAUAAACCACACCUGGCCUUUUGCAAGAUUCCUUUGCUUACUGUGCUUCUACCUGAAGUACCUCAACAUGUACGCCAGCAUUUGCUUCCUCACCUGCAUCAGCAUCCAGAGGUAUUUCUUCCUGUAUCAGCCGUUCAAAGCCAAGGACUGGAAGCGGCGGUACGACAUAGCCAUCAGUGCCGUGGUGUGGCUCUUCGUGGGGGUAGCGUGCUUGCCAUUCCCCAUCAUGCGCAACUUCGGCAUGGCCAACAGCACCAAUACCUGCUUUGCCGACCUUGAAGUUCGGCAGAUCGAGAGCAAGGUGGGCACCGUGUUCAUGACAGGCAUAGCGGAGCUCUUGGGGUUCAUCAUCCCGCUCAUCAUUAUUUUAUUCUGUACUUGGAAAACAAAAGACUCUCUCCAGAACUUCCAGAUACCGAUGCAAAACAGCAACGAGAGGCGGAAGGCUUUAAGGAUGGUUUCCAUGUGUGCCAUUGUGUUCUGCGUGUGUUUUGCACCAUACCACAUCAACUUCUUUUUCUACAUGUUGGUGAAAGAAAAGGUCAUUACAGACUGCGUCCUGAGCGCCAUCACACUCUACACCCAGCCCUUUUGCUUAUGCCUUGCGAGUCUGGACUGCUGUUUGGAUCCAAUCCUCUAUUUCUUUAUGACUUCAGAGUUUCAAGACCAGAUAUCAAGGCACAGCAGCAUGGUCAUCAGGAGUCGGCUCAUGAGCAAAGAGAGCGCCUCAUCAAUUAAGGAAUGACAAGAAAGCCAGCUGAAAAGAAUUAAGAGAGAAUUAUUAAGAGAUCUGGGACUGUUCUGUGAUACUCAAUUACCUGCUCCGUUGUGGAAGAUCCUGCAAGUUUACUUGGGGGAUUUUUGUGGCAGUGGAAAUCUUUUGAUACAUAGAAGAUAAAACUCUAUUUAAGAUCAAUGUGUUGGAAGCUAAUGAGCAACUCAUGACUACACCUACAGCCGUGCCACCCAGGCCUGACCUCCCUGGACUAGAAAAGAUAGGAGGGAGCAACAAAACUUUUGCUAGGAGAUGGUGGAAAAGUCUCAGAAACUUUUCUUCUGUUUCCCCAACUCCAUGGCUCUAUCAUCAAGCCAAAGACAAUCCCACAUCCAUCCACUGACAUACACUGAAGUGCCUUUGCUAAAAACACACAACGUAUAUGAGAACCUGAAAACGGCCAGUAACAAUAAAUGGCAGUUUUGGUCUCCACACUCAGGGCUGCAGAGGCAUGAAGGUUGGCAGCUUGCUUCAGCAGAGCAGCCCCAGCUUUGAGUGCAUCCCAUUGGUCACCAAACUUACCUCUGCUUCACCAUUCCUGCACUCCCCACCCCACUCUCUUUCAUUAAUUCCUUCUCACCCUUAAUUUUGCUCCUUAAUUGGUGACGCAUCCCGUAACUUGUACCUACAGCUGGUGCAAGACCCCCUGCAAAACAAAUUCUCCUGACAACUCCUCAAACACCCCAGAGAAUAGGACCUUCCCUUGCUCUGAGUGACUUUCUUCCCCUCCGGGGGGCAAGGAGGGCAUCAGUAGGUGGCCUUCACCUUCAGACCCUGAGGGGCAGGACCACUGGGAGCGCGCCUCAGACUGGGCACAGCGGGACUCAGCAUCAGCACCAUUGGAUUUGAUGACUCUGGAGGCACCAUUCAAAUCCUCGCAUGGCUUCUUCAGCUCAGAGGUACCUGUGAUGGAUCCACCCCGUGAAAUCUCUGCUCUAUAGGUCCAAUUGAUAACAUCUUUUUAAAAAGAGAGGUGUCCUCACCAUGGUGAUUUCACUAAUAGAGCAUAGGCUAAUUUCUUAUGUAGAUUAUUCAUCAUGAUUUUUUCUACCAACUCCUCCCAUGACCUUAAUGUUUACAUUUUAAUAACUUCAUUGGUUAUGAAGAUAAGAAAAGCAGUAACAGGAAAGGAUGCCAUUGACCCCUUAUUUCAAAUUAGUGACAACUUUUCGGCCAAGUUCACACACUUUGUGUAGCAUCAAGAGUAUCUCCAUGACAGCUGAGGUUGUUUUGGCUGAACACAGGCACUGAUUUACUGCCUUUAAAAUCUUGUGGUUUUUUUUUCAAAAAGAAUAUGUACAAUUCUCAGUAGGCACCAGUGGCAGCAUCUUACAUGUUUCUGCAAAAAUAGAAGAAAUACCAGCAACAUUCACUAAGUGUAUUUUAAAUCUAACUACUCAGUUCCCAGCUCAGCCAAAAUUUCCUGCAUAUUAUGUUUUCCCAUUUGACUAUUUUACAAUAAAAUGGGAAAAAGCAAACAAUAGCUAGGUUUAAAUAACCAUUAUACUGGAGUUCCUCUAAAAGACAGUGAACUUACUGAUUAAAUACAAUGAGCUUUUGCAGUUCUUCUCUCAUUUGUGAGAAGAUGAUUAUGGGCUACAGUACAGUAAACUUAAUCUUACAUGCAAAUAAGUGAAACCACCAAACUAUCCCUAUCUGAAAGAAGUAACUUUCACAGAGAGAGUAUUAUUGCAGGUUUGUCCGGUUUUCUGUUGAAAAAAGCUGCAGAGUAAGCAAAUAGUUCAUCUCCCACUGAAGUCAAUGGAAAUGUUUUCUCCAAUUUAAUUGGCAGUUUGUUAUGUCAAUGACACACACAGUUGUUUACACACUGCGAGCAGUCCCUUUAAAAAUGUGACCAGAGGCUGAUGCUCAAGUACACCGUUAAACGUGCAUAAGAACAUUUUUGUUAAUAUAGCAAUUUUCUCAUAAGCUAGACGCUGCAUAAAAACGUUUGUGAAAGAGACUUUCAAUGAUUAUUUUGAGGAUUUUUAUGGACCUUGAUCAGCUAGAAUGUGACUGGGAGCUGUUUACUUUGAUUUCUCUCUCAUACAAUUGUCCAUUUAUCAGGUGAAAACAAGUUUGAAAGAACUGUUAUGGUAACUGUGUAGCUUGUCCUACAUUUUUUUCUUUUCAAAAACUGAUGCCUAAAAAUAAAUACAUU